AACUCAUUCAGCGCCUCGUCUGUUCCAUCAAACGCCCAGUCCACACCACUUCAAUUCACACCACUGUACAACUUUUGCUUUUUGUUUUUUGGUCUGUUCUUCCUUGCUCCGGCCGAUCGCUUUGCCGGUAGAGGGCGGAGGAGGAAUUGAAGGAGGUAGGGUGAGAACUAAUGGGCAUUCUGGGAAGUGGAGGCGGCUACUGGGCUUUGGUUGUGGGGGUGUGUGUGGCGUCGUUUUGGUGGCAGUCGUGUUUGUGUCUGGGGCAGCAAGAGAGGCACUUCAAAUGGGAAGUGGAGUACAUAUUCUGGUCUCCGGACUGCUUAGAGAAUGUGGUAAUGGGCAUCAACGGCCAGUUCCCCGGCCCCACCAUCAGAGCCAAAACUGGGGACACCCUCGUCGUUGAACUCACCAACAAGCUUGACACCGAGGGCGUCGUCAUUCACUGGCAUGGCAUUCGCCAGUUUGGUACGCCGUGGGCAGAUGGAACUGCAUCCAUUUCACAGUGCGUGAUCAAUCCUGGAGAAACUUUCGCUUAUAGGUUCAUAGUUGACAAGCCGGGAACAUUCUUUUACCAUGGACACUUGGGGAUGCAAAGAUCGGCAGGGCUGUAUGGGUCGCUGAUAGUAGAGGCCGGACAAGGAGAGGAGCCAUUCCAUUACGACGGAGAACUCAGCCUCCUCCUCAGCGACUGGUGGCACAAAAGCUCCCGUGACCAAGAGGUCUCCCUCUCCGCCAAACCUGUCCGCUGGGUUGGGGAACCUCAGAGUAUACUGAUCAACGGGAGGGGGCAGUACAACUGUUCCCUAGCGGCUCACUUUAGCAACUCCUCGUCCAAUCAGUGCACGUUUAGCGGAAGCGAACAAUGCGCACCCUACAUCCUCACCGUCCUCCCCAACAAGACUUACAGGCUCAGGCUGGCCAGCACCACGUCGCUCUCUGCCCUCAACGUGCAAAUCGGGAAUCACAAGAUGGUGGUGGUGGAAGCAGAUGGGAACUAUGUGCAGCCAUUUGCUGUGGAUGACUUGGACAUUUACUCUGGACAAACCUACUCAGUGCUCCUCAAAACAGACCAAAACCCUUCAAUGAACUAUUGGGUCUCAGCGAGUGUGAGAGGAAGACAGCCCAACACUUCUCAAGCCCUAACCAUCCUCAAUUACAAUUCAACUCCACCAUCAUCACUCCCAACAUCACCCCCACCAGUGGCACCUCGUUGGAAUGACUACAACCACAGCAAAUCAUUCUCCCACAGAAUCCUAGCCCUAAUGGGCUCCCCCGCCCCUCCGAUCCACUACAGCCGUCGGGUCGUCCUGCUCAACACCCAAAACAAGAUCGACGGAUACACCAAGUGGGCCAUCAACAAUAUCUCCUUAGCCUUGCCCCCCACACCUUACUUGGGUUCAAUGAAGUUUGGCCUAAGAAAUGCUUACGAUCAUCGAAGACCACCCGAAAAUUACCCUAUCGAUUACGAUGUGAUGAAACCGGCUGUAAACCCUAAUUCCACCUACGGCAACGGGGUUUACGUGUUUAGAUUCAACACCACGAUCGACGUGAUACUUCAGAAUGCGAAUGCACUGUCGGAGAAUGUAAGCGAAAUUCACCCAUGGCACUUACAUGGGCAUGACUUCUGGGUGUUGGGGCAAGGGGAAGGGAAGUUUUCGAAGGAGGAUGAGAAGAAACUGAACGUGAAGAAUCCACCAUUGAGGAACACUGAAGUGAUAUUUCCUUAUGGGUGGACAGCUUUGAGGUUUGUGGCGAAUAAUCCGGGGGUAUGGGCAUUUCACUGUCACAUAGAGCCUCACUUACAUAUGGGCAUGGGUGUGGUCUUUGCCGAAGGCAUUCGCUACAUCAAGAACAUACCUAACCAAGCUCUUGCAUGCGGCUUGACUGCAAAGCUGCUAAUGGACAAAACCGGGAAUUGAUAGAUCGAGGCAAGGCGAGGCAAUUUAAAUAUACAGUACCACUAGCUAGUUUGAUGCCAUGUUUAAAUUUUUUGGAUUCAUCAAGUUUCAUGCUUUGAAACUUUUUAUAUAUGUAUUGCAAUUCAGAGUGAUAGAAAUAUUGUUUAGGAAAUAAAAUUGAGUGACUGUCAAAGAACGACUAUAUAUUGAGAAUA